AUGGCGCUGCAGGCUGGCCCUGAUGCCCCCAUCCCCCACCACUGCGACAUUGCCUAUUGGCUUGUUCAUUUCUGCCACUGGACCCUGAGCUUCUUGGGUCAGAUCAGCUACACAGGGAGCAAGGGCCAGCAGUGCCCUGCCCUGGAGCCCACUGUGGCUGCUUCAGACCCUCUGGGCCUCUCAUCCCGUAAGAUUCCAGAUCUUCCUGAUGUCCAUGUGCCUAUUGGAAACCUGGAAAACUACUACCAUUUUUAUCACAGCAAAACCUUUAAAAGAUCGACCUUUAGCAGCAGAGGCCCUCAUACCUUCCUCAGGAUGGACCCCCAGGUGAAAUGGCUCCAACAACAAGAAGUGAAACGCAGGGUGAAGAGACAGGUGCGAAGCGACCCUCAGGCCCUCUAUUUCAACGAUCCCAUUUGGUCCAACAUGUGGUACAUGCACUGUGGUGACAAGAGCAGCCGCUGCCGAUCAGAAAUGAACGUCCAGGCAGCAUGGAAGAAGGGCUACACGGGCAAAAACGUGGUGGUCACCAUCCUUGAUGAUGGCAUAGAGAGGAAUCACCCCGACCUAGCCCCGAAUUAUGAUUCCUACGCCAGCUAUGAUGUCAACGGAAAUGAUUAUGACCCAUCCCCACGAUAUGAUGCCAGCAAUGAAAAUAAACACGGCACCCGAUGUGCGGGAGAGGUCGCCGCAUCAGCCAACAACUCGUACUGCAUCGUGGGCAUAGCAUACAACGCAAAAAUAGGAGGCAUCCGCAUGCUGGACGGGGAUGUGACGGAUGUGGUUGAGGCCAAGUCGCUGGGCAUCAGACCCAACUACAUCGACAUUUACAGCGCGAGCUGGGGGCCGGACGACGACGGGAAGACCAUGGACGGGCCUGGCCGGCUGGCUAAACAAGCCUUCGAGUACGGCAUUAAAAAGGGUCGGCAGGGCCUGGGCUCCAUUUUUGUCUGGGCCUCUGGGAAUGGCGGGAGAGAGGGGGACCACUGUUCCUGUGAUGGCUACACCAACAGCAUCUACACCAUCUCCGUGAGCAGCACCACCGAGAACGGGUACAAGCCGUGGUACCUGGAAGAGUGUGCGUCCACCCUGGCCACCACCUACAGCAGCGGGGCGUUCUACGAGCGGAAAAUCGUCACCACGGAUCUGCGACAGCGCUGCACCGACGGCCACACUGGGACCUCGGUUUCAGCCCCCAUGGUGGCCGGCAUCAUCGCUUUGGCUUUAGAAGCAAACAGCCAGUUAACCUGGAGGGACGUCCAGCACCUGCUGGUGAAGACAUCCAGGCCGGCGCACCUGAAAGCGAAUGAUUGGAAAGUCAACGGCGCCGGUCAUAAAGUUAGCCAUCUCUAUGGAUUCGGCUUGGUGGACGCGGAAGCCCUCGUCACAGAGGCGAAGAAGUGGACCGCGGUGCCCUCCCAGCACAUGUGUGUCGCCACCAUGGACAAGAGACCCAGGAGCAUCCCCGUGGUGCAGACGCUUCGGACCACGGCCCUGACCACUGCCUGUGCAGACCACUCAGACCAGCGCGUGGGCUACCUGGAGCACGUGGUGGCUCGCAUCUCUAUUUCCCACCCGCGCAGAGGAGACCUCCAGAUCCACCUCAUUUCUCCCUCGGGAACCAAGUCUCAACUCUUGGCAAAGAGAUUGCUGGAUCAUUCCAAUGAAGGGUUUACCAACUGGGAAUUCAUGACCGUGCACUGCUGGGGAGAACAAGCUGAGGGGGAAUGGACCUUGGAGAUCCAAGACAUGCCGUCCCAGGUCCGCAACCCCGAGAAGCAAGGGAAAUUGAGAGAGUGGAGCCUCGUGUUGUACGGCACAGCGGAGCACCCAUACAACACUUUCAUUUCCCAUCAGUCUCGCUCUCGGAUGCUGGAGCUCUCCACCCCGGAGCUGGAGCCACCCAAGGCCGCCCUGUCACCGCCCCAGGCUGAGCUUCCCGAGGAUGAAGAAGACUACACAGCUCCUUCCACCCACGGCUCUCCUAAUAUCUUACAGACCAGUCUGUGCCAUCCGGAGUGUGGUGACAAGGGCUGUGAUGGCCCCAACGCAGACCAGUGCUUGAACUGUGUCCACUUCAGCCUGGGGAGCACCAAGACCAGCAGGAAGUGCGUGAACACGUGCCCGCUGGGCUACUUUGGGGACACAGCAGCGAGACGCUGUCGCCGAUGCUACAAGGGGUGUGAGACCUGCUCGGGCAGGAGCCCAACCCAGUGCCUCUCCUGCCGACGCGGGUUCUAUCACCACCAGGAGAUGAACACCUGUGUGACAUUCUGUCCUGCUGGAUUUUAUGCCGAUGAAAGUCAGAAAAAUUGCCUUAAAUGCCACCCAAGCUGCAGGAAAUGUGUUGAUGAACCAGAGAAAUGUAUUGUCUGUAAAGAAGGAUUCAGCUUUGCACGGGGCAGCUGCAUUCCAGACUGUGAACCGGGCACCUACUUUGAUUCCGAGCUGAUCAAAUGUGGGGAGUGCCAUCACAGCUGCCAGACCUGCGUGGGGCCCAGCAGAGAAGAAUGUAUUCACUGUGCAGCAAACUUCCACUUCCAAGACUGGAAAUGUGUGCCAGCCUGUGGCGAAGGUUUCUACCCAGAGGAGAUGCCAGGCUUGCCCCACAAAGUGUGCCGAAGGUGUGACGAGAGCUGCCUGAGCUGUGAAGGCUCCAGCAGGAACUGCAGCAAGUGUAAGACGGGCUUCACGCUGCUGGGGACCACGUGCAUCACCAACCACACGUGCAGCAAUGCUGACGAGAUGUUCUGCGAGAUGGUGAAGUCCAACCGGCUCUGUGAACGGAAGCUGUUCAUUCAGUUCUGCUGCCGCACGUGCCUCCUGGCUGGGUAGGGGCACCCAGCUGACUGCAGGGGGCAGGGCCCCUCCUGUCUGUCCGUCCGUUCAGCAGCCUUUCUCCAGAUCGUCAGCCACAGCCUGUCCGGGGGGUGCCCUGCGUCUGACAGCUUUAUCUGCCCAGGAGCAAGGUCCUUCGGCAGCAUCUCUGAGCGCCCCAGCCCGGAUGCGUGGCGGGCCGUCAGGAGUGCUCUGCAAACAGUGACAGCUCUCAAACUCUGCUUGCUGGCUACCCUCUCCUGGCAAACUUAAGACGGGAACAAAAUGAAUUCUGGGAAUCCACAGCUCCAGCUUCAGGGCAGCCUCUGGGACCCUAAGUUUAUGGAAUCUUCAAGACCAAAGCAGAAAGGCAAGAUGCUUGGCUUCACACACCACUCUUCUCCUCGCGCUUUUGUGCAGCCUCACAGUGAAUCGCACCCCCCAGGCCUGGGCCGUCCCCACGCGUGCUGCCCGGCCGAGCGCGCCUACUCCCCCGCCUGCCACAGAGCAGCCUGGGGCCGGUUUGGUCAGACUGUACAUAAAAUAGACUUGGGGGCAUAAAAUAUAUGACCACUGGGGAUGGAGCACCUAUUCCUCCACAGUCAGCUGCUUCUGGAACUGCAGCGGUGGCUUCGAAUGUCCAAUUCCAGAUCCGGGUGGGAAGACCCUUCAUUUCUCUGCCGCACCGUUCUGUAGGUGAGCUGAGCGCCCCGUCGUCGUGUCUCUGGGAGCCUCCUGGUCCGAGGGAUCACCUCCACCUGACGCAGAGCCUCCUGAGGAGGGUCCCCGGGAAGCACCCCAGGGGCCAGCCAAAGGAGCCCCAGUGACGGAGCAAUUCCUCUUGCCAAAAUGUAAACCCAGCCUGUGAACAUUAAUCCUAUCCCCGCCCAUCUCGUGGGAUUGCUUUUGAAAUACACUUGGCCCCUUCUCUUUGGGAGAUUUGUCCUUAAGGGAGACGCUCCUGUGUCUGUGUCCUGUGAGCCUGAUAACACGGUUGGGUUUAUUUCUGCCAAACCUGUGUAGGCAUUUUAUAAGCUACAUGUUCUAAUUUUUACCGAUGUUAAUUAUUUUGACAAAUAUUUCAUAUAUUUUCAUUGAAAUGCACAGAUAUGCUUGAUCAAUUUCCUUUACUAUGGGAGCGACAUUUGCCUUAAAUUUUUUCAAGCUUGUUCUCCAUUUUGUCCUGCUCCCCUCUUUGACUAUAAUGCAUUUGCCUUGUCCCCUGGGAGCUGGGGGAAACCCAGCUGUUGUUUAUUGAAUCCACAACUUCAAAACAGAAAUCCACAGAGCAAAUACAAUGUUAACCCUAAGUUAAUAAAAGAGUUAACAUCCCAUGACCAAGACGCCUGUAUUGCUUUCUAAGACACAACGAUUAAAUGUUGACCAAUGUGUGAAA